AUGACUCAGCCUCCCUCGGGUCGGUGUUCCCUGGCGGUCGGCGCGAGGGCCCCCCAAAGUUCCCAGUCACAGCCCAGAUGUCGCGCGCGGGCCGGGGGCUCCGACAGCUGGGUCCCGGUGGGAGCGGCCAGAGAGGCCGCGGGGGAGGCGGGGGGGGUCCUCUGGGCGCCCAGAGCUUCCCCGACUUCCUUUCGCCUCGCCCCUUCUUUGGCGCGCAGCCCGAAAGCACCUCCCGCCCAAGGGGUGGGGGUCGGCGUGGGGGAGCGGGUGGCCUCCCGGCCUCAGGAGAGUCUCGCCUUCCCGAAAUCUAGGGGGGUGAAGCUCUGGGCCUCGGCUUUUGGUGGGGAGAUAAAAUCCAUUGCUGCUAAGUACUCUGGUUCCCAGCUUCUGCAAAAGAAAUACAAAGAGUAUGAGAAAGACGUAGCCAUAGAAGAAAUUGAUGGCCUCCAACUGGUGAAAAAGCUGGCAAAGAACAUGGAAGAGAUGUUUCACAAAAAGUCUGAAGCAGUGCGGCGUCUUGUGGAGGCUGCAGAAGAGGCACAUCUGAAACAUGAAUUUGAUGCAGACUUGCAGUAUGAAUACUUCAAUGCUGUGCUGAUAAACGAAAGGGACAAAGAUGGGAAUUUUUUGGAGCUGGGGAAGGAAUUCAUCUUAGCCCCAAAUGACCAUUUUAAUAAUUUGCCUGUGAACAUCAGUCUGAGUGACGUCCAGGUGCCAACGAACAUGUACAACAAAGACCCGGCAAUCGUCAAUGGGGUUUAUUGGUCCGAAUCCCUAAACAAAGUUUUCGUAGAUAACUUUGAUCGUGACCCGUCUCUCAUAUGGCAGUACUUUGGAAGUGCAAAGGGCUUUUUUAGGCAGUAUCCAGGGAUUAAAUGGGAACCAGAUGAGAAUGGAGUCAUUGCCUUUGACUGCAGGAACCGAAAAUGGUACAUCCAAGCAGCGACUUCUCCGAAAGACGUGGUCAUUUUAGUGGACGUCAGUGGCAGCAUGAAAGGGCUCCGUCUGACUAUUGCAAAGCAAACCGUCUCAUCUAUUCUGGAUACGCUGGGGGAUGAUGACUUUUUCAACAUAAUUGCUUAUAAUGAGGAGCUUCACUAUGUGGAACCUUGCCUGAACGGGACAUUGGUGCAAGCUGACAGGACAAACAAGGAGCACUUCAGGGAGCAUCUGGACAAGCUGUUUGCCAAAGGAAUUGGAAUGCUGGAUAUAGCUCUGAAUGAGGCCUUCAACAUUCUCAGUGAUGUCCGCAUCUUCACCUACCUCAUUGGACGGGAGGCUGCUUUUGCAGACAAUCUCAAGUGGAUGGCUUGUGCCAACAAAGGAUUUUUCACCCAGAUCUCCACCUUGGCUGAUGUGCAGGAAAAUGUCAUGGAAUACCUGCAUGUACUCAGCCGGCCCAAAGUCAUCGAUCAGGAGCACGACGUGGUAUGGACUGAAGCUUACAUCGACAGCACUCUCCCUCAGGCACAAAAGCUUGCCGAUGAUCAGGGCCUCGUCCUGAUGACCACGGUCGCCAUGCCUGUGUUUAGUAAGCAGAACGAAACCAGAUCAAAGGGCAUUCUUCUGGGUGUGGUUGGCACAGAUGUCCCAGUGAAAGAGCUUCUGAAGACCAUCCCCAAAUACAAGUUAGGGAUUCACGGUUAUGCCUUUGCGAUCACAAAUAAUGGAUAUAUCCUGACGCAUCCAGAACUCAGACCACUGUACGAGGAAGGAAAAAAGCGAAGGAAACCUAACUACAGUAGCGUUGACCUCUCGGAGGUAGAGUGGGAAGACCGGGAUGAUGUGUUAAGAAACGCCAUGGUGAACCGAAAGACUGGGAAGUUCUCUAUGGAGGUGAAGAAGACAGUGGACAAAGGGAAACGGGUUUUGGUGAUGACAAAUGACUACUAUUAUACAGACAUCAAGGGUACCCCUUUCAGCUUAGGUGUGGCGCUCUCCAGAGGCCAUGGGAAAUAUUUCUUCCGAGGGAAUGUAACCAUUGAAGAAGGCCUGCAUGACUUAGAGCACCCUGACGUAUCCCUGGCAGAUGAAUGGUCCUACUGCAACACUGACCUACACCCGGAGCACCGUCAUCUAUCUCAGCUAGAAGCCAUCAAGCUCUACCUCAAAGGCAAAGAACCUCUGCUCCAAUGUGAUAAAGAAUUGAUACAAGAAGUCCUUUUUGAUGCCGUGGUGAGCGCUCCCAUUGAAGCAUAUUGGACCAGUCUUGCCCUCAACAAAUCUGAGAACUCUGACAAGGGCGUGGAGGUUGCCUUCCUCGGCACUCGUACGGGCCUCUCGAGGAUCAACCUGUUUGUUGGGGCUGAGCAGCUCACCAAUCAGGAUUUCCUGAAAGCUGGAGACAAGGAGAACAUUUUUAACGCAGACCAUUUCCCUCUCUGGUACCGAAGAGCUGCGGAGCAGAUUCCAGGGAGCUUCGUCUACUCCAUCCCGUUCAGCACAGGAAUAGUCAACAAAAGCAAUGUGGUGACAGCGAGUACCUCCAUCCAGCUCCUCGAUGAACGGAAAUCUCCUGUGGUAGCAGCUGUAGGCAUUCAGAUGAAACUUGAAUUUUUCCAGAGGAAGUUCUGGACUGCCAGCAGACAGUGUGCCUCUCUGGAUGGCAAAUGCUCCAUCAGCUGUGAUGACGAGACUGUGAACUGUUACCUCAUAGACAAUAAUGGGUUUAUUCUGGUGUCUGAAGACUACACCCAGACUGGAGACUUUUUUGGCGAGGUCGAAGGGGCCGUGAUGAACAAACUGUUAACAAUGGGCUCCUUUAAAAGAAUUACCCUGUAUGACUAUCAAGCCAUGUGCAGGGCCAACAAGGACAGCAGUGACAGUGCCAGCGGGCUACUGGAUCCUUAUCAUGCCUUCCUUGCUGCAGUAAAAUGGAUAAUGACAGAACUUGUCUUGUUUCUGGUGGAAUUUAACCUCUGCAGCUGGUGGCACUCAGAUAUGACAGCCACAGCCCAAAAAUUGAAGCAGACCCUGGAACCUUGUGAUACAGAGUAUCCAGCGUUUGUCUCUGAGCGCACCAUCAAGGAAACCUCAGGGAACAUUGCUUGUGAAGACUGCUCUAAGUCCUUUGUCAUCCAGCAAAUCCCAAGCAGCAAUCUGUUCAUGGUGGUAGUGGACAGCAGCUGCCUGUGUGAGUCCGUGACCCCCAUCACCAUGGCCCCCAUUGAAAUCAGGUAUAACGAAUCCCUUAAGUGUGAACGAUUAAAGGCCCAGAAGAUCAGAAGGCGUCCCGAGUCUUGUCAUGGCUUCCAUCCUGAGGAGAAUGCAAGGGAGUGUGGGGGUGCACCGAGCCUGCAGGCCAAGAUGGUCCUUGUCGUCUUCCCUCUGCUCUUGAUGCUCUUUUCAAGGUGA